AUGCUCGUCAACCUCCUAUAUUUGUUCAUGUUCCACCGCUCCUUUUUCGGUGUCUUUGUACUUGGUUGCCUUUUUUCGGUAUCGUGGGGACUGAAUCUUCCAUUCCAAAAGCCUAACAGUUUCUCUCGUUCCAUUUCCAACGAUGCAUCCAAUCGUGCUGAUGUGAUGACAUCACCACAAUCAUCUCUUUCGAGAGUAAUGGAUCGUCGGACGUUAAUGCAAUCCUCCAUUUUGACCAUGAUACUAUCUCCUAUGGUGACCUUUGCCGAAGAUGAUCCCAGAAUGAUUACUACUAUACGGUUGCAAGCUGGAGAUUCGUUGGGUUUGCAAAUUGUUGACUCGGUCCUUCGUGGAAAGCCAAUUGUGGUGGUCCAACAGGUUGUGAGGCCCAACAAGAACAAUCAAAAGAUUCGAGAAGGAAUGGUUCUACAGGGCUAUGAUUCAUCAUUACAAGUGACGCAACGGAUCAAGAAUGGUCCGUAUCCCAUUGAUUUGGAAUUCCUGAAUUUGGCCGCAGGAGGAGACGCCUUUGACGACUUGGGUGGUACCAUGGUGACACCCAAGGAUGCCUUGAACUUGGCACGACAAACAGACUCUCCGCCAUCAAACAAUUUAGCGCAGGGAAAUGCUGCUCCUCCUUCCUUUUCCAUCACAACCACCCAAAAAGUAUCCAGUCCCUGUGCCAUUCGAUCGCGACGAGGUGACGUCCUGGAACUGAUCUACGAGGCUUUUUAUGUGGAUGCCGAUGGCACCACCAAACUGUACGAUGCUAGUGACUUUCGAGGAACGGGUCGACCCUACCAAGUAGUCCUGGGCAGUGGCGACAUGAUUCCAGGCGUGGAUCAAGGCUUGUAUGACAUGUGUCCGGGGGAAGGCCGACAAUUGCAAAUCCCACCAGUCUUGGCCUAUGGCAAGCGUGCCAGAGAUUCCUUCCGGAUUCCUCCCACCUACCAAAGUUUGCAAUGGAAGGUGAAGCUAUUUUCGAUCGAUUCCACUAUCCGUGAAGACAAUAACGACGUGUCCCGAGACGAUAGAGAAUCAAGAUUUAUGUACUAG